GGUUCAUCCCGGGACAUAACGGUUAAUAAAAAUAAAAAAAAAAUGAAAGUAGAAGGAGCUCACCAAUUGGUAAGGUAUUCCUCGUCGCAUAUUUUAUUCGCAAGCAACUUUGAAUGUUAACAUAAUUGCCGCCUUGAAAUGAGUCGAGAUACCGCUGUGCCUACGCUAACCCUUAUCAGAUUUGAUUCCUCUAGGUAAUCCCCCGCGUUGAGCCGUGAAUCGAAACAAACUUGUCUAGCUAGAACAGUUGCAGUUCCCGCUGCGUCGAAACAAGACUAUACAGCUCGAUUGAUUGAGAUUCUCAAACACUUGAAAUGAGUUUUAUCACGAAGUCAUCGCUGUUUGGAUUACUCAUAGUGGCCUUACCGAUCGCGUCCUACCACUGCGGCAUUCGGAAACAUGACUUCGCCCAACUGGUGCACCGUGGCUGGAAAGUGGAAGAAGGCCAGUGGCCAUGGUACGGGCCAUCUUCCACCGGCAGCCGCCCAACGGCAACCUUUUGUACGUCUGCGGAGGAAGCCUGUUGAGCGAGAAGCACCUCUUGACGGCUGCGCACUGCGUUGUCAACCGGAAAACCAAACUUCCGUGGCCGGUAGCUCUGCUCGAGAUUCAUCUAGGGCAGAAGAACCUAUCGGUGGUCACGGACCAGGUGCAGAUUCGGGAUGUGAGCAAGAUCUACGUCCAUCCGGAGUAUUCAACCCAUCGGAACGACAUAGCGAUGCUGGUGAUGAGACUUGCCGUGGCCUAUACGGACUUUGUCAUUCCGGCCUGCAUCGAUCAGAGGGCGGACCGGGACCUGAGGGAUCUUGAAGGCCAGCUCGGGUGGGUUGCCGGCUGGGGCACAACGGAGAUGCGGAACGUUUCGGAUGUUCUCCGGAUGGCGUCACUGCCGGUGGUGAGUUAUCUGGCUUGCACCAAGAACGAUGCGGGACUGUUCGCGAGGUUGGUCAGCGAGACCGUAUUCUGCGCCGGAGAUCUGAAUGGAACCAGUCCCGGGACGGGCGACAGCGGUGGCGGAAUGUAUUUCAACGAUGGUGACCGAUGGGUCCUCAGAGGGAUAGUUUCUUUUGCGAAGAUCGAUGAGCAG